AUGCCUGAGAUUCCUACCCCGCCAGCGUCAUCCGUAGCGCCUUCUCAGCACGCGUCACCUCUUCCACAACCACGCAAACACCCACUGAAGCCUGGCGGGCCAAGAGAAUCUGACUUGAUACGAUACCUCGACCAUGGCGUCAACCGGAUCCAGAAACGAGUGGACAAUCGCAUGACGAACCGCAAACUCAAGCCUGUACCGGGCGAGGAGGAAGGAUACAAAGCGUUUUGGGAGGUCGCGAAAGAUCUCGACGGCCUAGUAGAUGUUGUCUGGGUAUCUGGGUCACCCAAUCUACAAAUUCCCUACCUACUGAACUUCGCCGUCCUCACCGCCGACUUCCUCCCUCUCUUCGGGUCCUCAACGCGCUCUGCCCAGGCUACCUUCCGCCUGCUCUCGAAGCUCGACUACGCCUUUUCCUCCCUACUCACUGGCCACGACACUGCGUCUGGCGAAUAUCUGCCUGGCUUUGAGAAUGGCCGCACAAUCACUACAACAGACAAAGUUCGCUUGAAGGGUGUUGUAGAUCGGACCCGGCUCACAGUCACACGAGUCAUGAGUGGGGACAGUGUAGUCGGCGACGAGGAUGACGUUGGUGAGGCCAUAGAUACUGAUACUGAGGGAGAGGGGGAGGGAGAGACAGGUGGACGUCAAGACACCGUGACCUUUGAAGGUUUUGAAGAUAAUGACGACGAUGAGGAAGACGACGAAUGGGAAGAGCGUGGUGUUGCGAGCGUGUAUGAGAAAACAAUAGGCGAGCUAGGCGAUGUCCUAGGCGGCCCACCGAUCGGUAUCAUUACUGAUGAUUGGGGCGUCAAUGGCACUGAACAGCAAAGAAGUGGUGGUGGCUUCGUCGAGUCUGGGGGUGAGAUAGAGCUGAAGGGCGACGCAGCCAAGCAGCAGUCUGAAUUGGCUGAAAGGAGGCUCCUAGAGACGAAGUUGCUGAAAGAGGAAGUCGUGCCUUUCCCCGAUGAUGAAUACGCUUUUCAGCUCAAUUGGGUCGCAAACGCGCCUUUCAUGCAGACCCGGGUCAAGAACAAUGUAUAUGACAAGACGGAAGCGACGACAGGUACGCACCUUGUCCACAUCCCGGAUGACAUUACUGCAGUUGACCACAGCUUCACAGAUGCCGCCUCACUCCACGAGCCGAAAGCACUUGCCCUCCACGUUAAUGUCUCCGACAAGACCUACGUCUCUGGCCUCUACAAUCAGAGAACAUCCCUCAAGAUCGAGGUCUUCUUCAAUGGAAUGCUCUCCGCCUGUCUAUUUAUACCCACCCACGAUGUCAGGUCCGGAGCGAAAAGUAAUCAUCAGGUCUUCGGGGGAACCAGGAUCGACUUCCUUGCUGAGCGGCCUUGGGUGAUCCUAUCGCCUGAAGUGGCAGCAGACGGCAAUACUAGGAAGAACACCACAGUGGUUUCAGUUGAGCAGCGAUGGCUACACCUUUGUCAGGCGCUCCAGAUCGAAGCGCGAGAGCGAGGCCAAGACGAACAGGGCAACAGGCCUCCCACUGCCGACUUUCUUUGUGCGCUUGCGACAAUGCAAAUGCCGGAACAAGUGCGUAAUAUGCAGAAGCCAGGUGGAAAGACUUUUGGCAUCAUCGAUGUGGUCAUCACUGCUGGCGAAGGUAGAAAGCUCACUAGCGGUGUAGGCUAUCUGAAAGCACCGAAGCGCAUGGUUGAUGGAAGCUACCCAUUCGUGCCCGAUGCUGACAGCACUACCAUGCCACUACGUACAGAUACGCCUGGUAAGAGCGAGACCGAUGCGGAGCCCCAGAAUCCUACGAUGGCGAGAAAGCGUAGAAAGCGUGGAAAGCGUAGGCCGAAGCCCCCCAAAUCGGUUCGCGAAGCGAUCAGACAGGCUGCUUUUGAAGCUUUGAUUGCAGCUGAAGAUGCCGACGCGGCGGUUGGUAGAGGUGAGCUUACUGGUCCUGCUGCCUCGGAGACGAGCUCAGAGGUUAUCGAUGUGGAUGCAGAAGGAGAUAGCGAUCCGGACUAUGAUUUCCGCAGCAAGAGACAGGCCCUUCAGUCAAGAAUACGCUUGACACAGGACAUACCACAUAUUCCAUCAUCGGCUCUACAGCACCCGGCCAUGGGUCCUUUGAUACCGUCGAUUCCACCACCUCUCCAUGUUGAACCAAAGACUACGGUGCUCCAAGCACCAGAGAUAACAGGUCCAGAUUUGCCGUGGUCAUCAGGUCUUGCACGAGUAUAUGCACAGGCUCAUGAGCAAGAAAGAGCAUACGAGCAACAAGUGGACAUCACGUCGCAAGCAGGGCUUGGUCCGAAGAUGAUGUAUCCAGAUAUUUCACCAUACUUACAGACGCCCCAGAUGCGUCCCUCACCAUAUAUCGUUCAAUUCUCGGAUCCGACUCUAGGAAUCACGCCCAUUGAUCUUAUGCGUCAGAUCCCGUUCAACAAUGAUGGCCAAUCCUCCAGUCCACUGAGUCACUUUCCAAUGAAUCUCCAGGGCCCAGGUUAUUCGGCUGCGCCAUCAUUCCCUCCAUUGAUGCCAGGACCUCAGAAUGGUUCCUCGAGGUCCGAUCUGUAUGCAUACUCCUCGUCUGAUCAACCCUGUGUUGGCUUUCCCAAUACCCACUACUCACUCUCAAAAUACAAUAUAUCUGGAGCUGGUCCUUCUUUCGCUGGGAAAUCUGAGUUCUACAAGCCGAACAUGUUGCCACAGGCUACAGCUUUUGCUGGGCUCCAGGAACCUACGCCGCCGCAAGUGCUCUUUCCGCCGUUCGACCGCCGACUAUCGCUGCCAUUACCGCCAGCAGCUCUGUACUCGGUACCUACAAAGCCAAAGCGAAGUCUCUCUCCACAGAAAGCUUCUUCCUCACAAAAGACAAAGAGGGCGAAUCCCAGCGUCGAGGUAAAACGCUUGGUUGUUCAUGGACAAAAGGGUUCGGUAUUGGUGGACCACCGAUGGGACCCUGCACAGCAUAUUGGCGUGUCUCUCAAUAGCCCAGCUAAACUUGGAACUCAAGAGACAGUGACCCAUGGCGACAAGGAACACGCAAAUCCUGUUGAGCAGGGAAGGACGUUCACAGGCACUUCCAGAACACGGAAGAGUACUGUCCGGAAAGGAACACCAGCACCCGGAUCGUCUUCAGAGCACAAGAAUCCAGACCCAUCUAUGGCUGCGGACAAGCAUCAGCCAAUCAGUGCUUUCCAAGCAAACGCCUCGACUGGUCAGCACGCUGUUAAUGCUAAGAAAUCCAAGCCGAAGCACGAGCCGGAGAAGGUUGCGAAGGCCAGGCCCGAUAGUGAUCAGCCUGGUAUUGAUAUGAGUAAUCAAAAUCUGCGUGUCACAAAGGAAAGAUCUUCUCGUCGCACAACCUCUAGUAACGGCAUACUCGGUGUACAAGGCCCGAAGGCAAGUCCAAUCUGGUUUGAGGAUCCAGAAGAAAUCUUGCGUGAGGCAUCUGCGCGAAUGCGACGAUGUCGACCUUCUGAAAAGCAUGGAAAUGCAUCCGAUGUGGCAGUGUUGCCUAAUACCGUAGUGCCGACUGUUCAAACUCCCAAAGCAUGGGAUACCGAUACAUCAUCCCCUCUCUCGAGCCUACAUACGACCCCUGAGCCCGAGAUCGAACCUACUACAUACACAAGAUUGCCUCAAGCACCUGUUGAGUCAUCUCCUACUCCCAUCCCACAGGCAGAUGGCUCACCCGAGCGCAAAACUACCCCUAAAUGCCGACGUGGCAAUCACGUUCCAUCUCCAAUGAAGCUCGCUUCAACUUCUGCAACACCCCAACUUUCACUUCACAAUCCCUUCUCAUCUCAGUCUUCAGCCUCGAAGAAGCGCAAAAUGAUUCACCGUACCUUGCCCAAGGAGCCGCGCAGCCCCGACCGCCUGAAGACCAACGACAACCCACCGCUGAACAGGGACUGCGUGAUCGCGUAUGCGGAGAGCAAGGACAAGAAGAACAAACAAGGUAUCCUAAGGCAGGUCAAGAGCGAGAGGCUCGGAGUGUUUACAGAGAGCGACGUCGUCUUUGCAGCGAGGUUCUUUGUUGAGGAUUAA